UUUGUUUUCAAAGUUUCCGGUCGUUUAUAUUCACAUUUUUCCUUUUCAAUUUCCAAAUAAUUCUUGAAUAUGAGCUGUACUAGAAUGCAGUCAAAGCCAAACAAAUGGAAGCAAGAUAAUGCUCAAUCGCAUUUAUUGUCUAGUGAGUGUGAGACUGUUAUGUGACCAUAAACCAAUCUGUCCUUAACAAGAAGUAACUGGGUCAUCAAAGGCAUGAGUAAAUGUAAGAGAGAGAACAAAAACAUCUGUUUGCUGAUGGAGCCAGACUUGAGAACUUUGAAAUAAGAUGGAGGCCGAGGUUGAGCAGCUGCCUGAAGGAGAUGAUCUUGUUCGUGAGAUCAGAGAGAAGUAUUUUAAAAUCAAGUUGAAGCAUGACAUAUUGAAGAAGAAGUAUGAAGAGAUCAGGAGAGAGUACUGUGAUGUUAGGAAGGAGCUUGACAUUGUCCUAGAAGAGCUGGACAAGCAUGAAUCAGGUAUCAUUCAAAGAAAGAAUUCAGCUGUUUUAAGUCACAUUCGCAAUGGAGUCAAACCCAAUUCUUUACCUAAUGAUGAUCUAGAGAAGCAUACAUUCAAUAAUGUUUUGAUUAAACGUGAAGUUAAUGAAAAUGAAGAGACGGCUUAUUCUUCUGAUGAGCGCCACUACAUCAUGACUCUCAACCCUAAUAUUUCUUGUGAUGACAUCAGCAAUGAAUUUGGGGAUACAGUAGUAAAAGUGAAUGUUAAUGGCAGACUUAAGAAAAGGUCUAGAGAUUUUUACAAGCGUCACAAUGAGUUCAUGCAAAACAGUUGUCAUAAAGACCUGGCAAAUGACCACCAGGUUUCUCCCUACCCUAACAUUUCCCCUGUCCAGUGUUAUUAUAGUGGAGAUAAUCCUAAAUCAGAAAUUAUUGAUGGUGAUGUAAUUGGUGAGGAUAGUUGGGCACUUGGCAGCUGUGGUUUGACACACACUCCAGACUCGUUUAAGGACUGUAAAAUUUGUUCAGUAGAUACACAGUCAGAUGACAACAUUUCUCACUCAUUACUGCACCUUUAUGGUGACCUGUCAUCUACACCUGGAACUUGGCGCAAACGUAAAAAGCUUUCAACACAGCCUUACAAAUGUGAAAUUUGUGGCAAUUAUUUUGCAGGUACCUAUAAUUACAACCGUCAUAAGCUCAUUCAUACUGGGGAAAAACCAUUUAAGUGUGAUCUUUGUGACAAGACAUUUAACAGGAAAGAUAAAUACAAAGUGCACAUUAGGUCACAUCAUGAGACCACAAACCUUAACAAUUACCUGAAUGAUCAAUCUGUUCAACCUGAUAACUCUGUUACCAUUGAUCCUAGCCUUAUCAAAAUUGAACCUGUUGAUGAAAUGUCAGCAGCAAUUAUCAAUGGUUCCCUCUUGCCCAGUGUUAAAACAGGCAAGAAGAAAAUCAAUAACAUUACCUUCGAAUGUGAUAUUUGUUAUAAGAAAGUCCAAGGCUCUUUGAGUCUUAUCCGACACAAGGAGAGACAUGCUGCCAAAAAGCCUAAAGAAUGUGAUGUGUGUGGGAAAGUGUUCAUCAAGACAUACAGUUUUAACAGGCACAGAAUGUUACACACUGGGGAGAAGCCCUUCAUUUGCAACCUGUGUGGGGAGGGCUUUUCCAGAAAUGAUAAGCUUCUGGUUCACACUAGGAAGCACAAACGAUAUUCCCCAGAUAAAAUGAAGUUCAAGUGUGAUGUCUGUGAUCUAUUUUUCUCAGAGUCCGAGCAUGUGACCAAACACCAGUCCAUGCACAAUGGUGAAGAGUGGUUCACUUGUGAUAUUUGUUUCAAAAGUUUCAAGCUUGAGUUGGACCUCAUUGUGCACAGAAGAAGCAGACAUAUAAUUAGGGAUGAAACUAAAAAAAGGAAUGAUAGUUUUUCUCAGUUGAUUGAAACCUAUGCCAAAUCAAAAGUCCCAUAUAUCUGUAAGAAGCAACACAAGUGCAAUGAUUGCGGGAAGGGGUUUGCCGAUAGAUUUCGUCUGGCUAGACAUAAAAGGGCACACACAAGUGGGAAAUCCCACAAGUGUUUAGAGUGUGGGAAAGAAUUUUUAGAAAAGUUUGUGCUGAACAGGCAUGAGAAAACACACAGCAAAGACAAGCCUCACAAGUGUGAGGUUUGUGGUAAGAAUUUUCUAGAAAAGUCCAAGUUAAUGAGGCAUAAAAAGAUCCAUGAUAAUGUUAGGCCAUUCCAAUGUGGAGACUGUGGCAAAGCCUUUAUAGAGAAGCACAGGCUAGUGAACCACCAGAGAAUCCACGCCACUACCAAGUGUAACUUAUGUGAUGAAUACUUUACAGAUCCUGAUGCCUAUCGUGAUCACCAGCUUCUUCAUAAUGAAGACAAAUUAAUUUUCACUUGAUAGAUAUUUGUUAUUUAGGCACUGUUGACUUGGUGAUUUUUUUUUAUUUUUUUUUUUACAUACUGUUGAUUUGACGAAUGUUUGGUUUCGUUGGCAAUGUUACAUUGAAGAAUUUUUUGAUUAAUGCACUGUUGACAAUGAGUGUUGUGUUCGUAUGCAAUUCUGAUCUAUAUGUUGAUUCUAAUUAUAACGUUCAUUUAUUAAAAUGCAAAAAAAAAUAUUAUUCUAUUAAUAUAUUCUAUUUAAUAAACUUAUAAGAAUAGCAAUUAUCAUAAACGACUUUCUAUUUUGUCACUGUAUAAAUGUAUAUCUAAACAGGACCAACAAAAAAAUGUAAAUAAUGUAUCAACCUUUUCUACUCUAGCACUACUUGGUUGCAUGGUUACUUUGCUCUAGCAAGAGUUGACUUGUGUUAUGUGCUGCAUGCAUUAUUGUCAUGUACUUUGUCACUCUUGACCAGGGCAAAGAUUGUUUUGUGUUGAUAAUAAAUCAUGCAUUAUCUA